AUGGCUGCUAUUAGCCUCCCCAGCCGAUCGCAGGCAGCGAGCUUCCACGCUCUCACCAAAAGAGGCAAAGGCAACUUCGCAAGCAGAAAUCCCGGGGUAGUGCUCGUGUUUUGCAUCGUCUUUCUCGUCGCCUUGGGAGUUGUCUCGCUAUUCAUCUAUCGUCGCGUGCUUCAGAAAAGGGCCGAGAGGGAGAAAUUUCAAAUGACCGAAGGCCCCUAG